AUGCGAGAUACAAUAUCAGUAACAUCUUCAACACAAAAUAAAAUAAAUAAACGACCUCAAGCAUUUUCAAAUGGAUUUUUUACUGAAGUUAAUUGUCGAAUAUUAUCUGAACAUUUACUUGAUCAACUUGCACAACAAGUUUAUCAAUUUGUUCGAAAACAAAGUACAUUAAAUCGUUCAUUAAUAUUAAAUAAAUCCAUAGAAGAAUCUCUUCUUAAUGAAUAUCUUAAUAAAAUCUAUGUUGGUGAUUUUGAAGAAAAUAAUAGAAAAACAAAUGAAAUAAAUUCAAUGCAUAUUAUAUUAUAUAAAACAAUAGAUGAUCAUUCAUGUAAUCAUGAAGUUUUAAUUGAAGGUGAAAAAUAA